UGGUGCCCGCCCCGCACCGCCGCCAGCCUGCGGCAGCGCGGCGACACCAGCUCCCGCGCCUUCACGCCAUGCCGGGCGGCGGGUCCCGGCCGCCAGAGCCGCCGCGGAGCUGAGAACUGCCAGAUAUAUACUGAAUCUUGCAUGCAUAAAGGACUACCUCUUUAUGACCUGGUCAUUAUCUUUGAAAAACUAUUGAAACCCUAGGAAAAUGGUUUAAAAAUAUCUGGAGAGAGAUUAAGGGGUUCAACAAGUAACGCUCUAAUGGAUGACAGCGAAUUUCCACCAAAUGAUCUGCAAAUAGACUCAAAGGACAGUCUUACUGCUAACUGUAGGGUAGAAAGUUUGGCAUCUCAUUUGUUUCCUUCAGCUGACGAAAAUGAAAAUCAACUUGACAGUGAUGGAAAUGAAGUUCUGACCAGUAGCAGCAUUGCUAUGGGACGACAGGAUAAAGGUGAACAGGAUAACAUCAAUAAUAAUGAGAAUAUGGACAGUGGAGACUGUACCCCAAGCUGUACAGAAAGUGAGACUGAGAGGAGAUCUGUAAAUGUCCAUAUGGACCCUCAGCUGGAGGAAAAGCCUAUUACAGAAAAACAGCCAGGUGGAAAAAGAAGUCCAAGAAGCAAAAGAAGCUCCAGUAAAAAGUCUAAAGGAGUUUCUACAGCAGGAACUGCAGCAAUCAAGGAGGAAAAUACUCCUAUUACAGAUACAGAUUCUGUGCAGGCUGAAGGGGCUGUUGAAGCAACGGAAAACUUUCACCCAAAGGAACAAAACCAAAUGUUGCAGUCUCUUUUCUCUUUGCUCCGUGAAGAGGUUGAGCAGAUGGAUUCAAAGAUACUGCCCCUGUGUCUACAUCAGAUAGCCGAGACUUAUUUUCAAGAGGAGGAAUAUGAGAAGGCAAUGAAGUUCAUUCAGCUUGAACGACUGUAUCAUGAGCGGCUGCUUGCAAAUCUUUCUUCCAUACAGGAGCAGUGGGAAAGAAAAUGGAAAACAGCAGUUCCUAGUCCCGUUACAACACUGAGGAAUUCAGCGAAAGAACUGAGCGGCCAAGAGCUGGAAAAGCUUACUAGAGUUUGCUCUUUGCAUCUACAGCCACAGUCAUCCAAAAAUAAGUUAUUAGCUGCAGAAAAUACAUGGGAAAGCAGUUGUUUGCCUCAGUUAAUGGAAUCCAAAAAUCUAAAGGAAAGAGAAGCUGCUGCUUUUAAAUCAGGUACUGAAACUUGUCCUGGCAUUGGACCAAAGAAAGAAGAUAAACAGCUGAGCACUGUUUCCCCAGAUGAAAACAAAACUGAGAGACAGAUAGAGGCAGGAAGUCUUUGGGUAGCUGCAGGAAAGGACCACAUGGAGGAGCAGCACUGCAGUGCUGAAUCAACAUUGGAGCCACACACCCAGUCCACAGGGACAGUGGGCAGGCCUUCUUCGGGCUGUUUAUCAUCUGGGGAUGCCGGUAAAGAUAACAAUUUGCAGCUGAGAGAAAGACAGCUCUCAAAGGAUGCAGAAAAAACAGAAGGGACUGGGGAGCCUGGAGUGAAACUCCCUCUUGAGCCAAUGGUAGAUGCUUCAGUUUUAACAGAUGGUGACUAUAUGCCUACUGAUUUGGUUCCUUCUGAUAAAGAUGUGCAAGCUGAUAGAAAUCUGCUCAGAUCAAAACAUGCUGCUGGCUCUUCAGAAAUUGCUAGUGCCCAGCUUGAAAAUAAUGAUUUAAAGCAGCAACAGAUACAGCCUGAUGACGAUGAUGAAAAGUCUUCACGGGACAGAACUGCAUCAGAUGUAUGCUCUGGGUGCCAUAAAGUGUCUGAGCAUGAGAGUACUGCCCAUUCACAGGUGUGCAAGGAAAUACAGAGAGCAGCAGGACAGGAGGAGAAGGUAAAUAAUGAAGAACAAGAAGAUUUAUUUCUCAGAUUUUUAAAUGGUAACAUAAUAGACACUGAGGAAUCAAUCUUAGAAAACCAAGAGGACUCAGACACUGUUCCAGAUAUUUCACCUGAACGAGCAUCUUAUAACUCACUGGAAGCUUUAUCACUAGAUGACAGCUUUUCUUCUCUUGAUGAACUUGCAAGAAGGAUAGAGAUUGCUGAGAUUGCUCCAGCGGAAGGAUUGGUGUCUAUACUAAAGAAGAGAGAUGACAGAGAUGGUAAAACAAUUUCUCAAGUCCAGCAAAGACAAACAAAGAGAAGAGUGCGAUUCCAAGAAAUGGAGGACACAUUGGAUCAAGAUGAAGUAUCUGGUGGCUCCUGUAUUUUGCUGAUCCUGCUGUGCAUAGCAACUGUUUUCCUUAGCAUUGGAGGAACUGCAUUGUACUGUACCUUUGGUGACAUGGAAUCCCCUGUGUGUACUGACUUUGCUGCCAACAUGGAUUUCUAUUAUACACAGAUAUUGCAGCGUAUGGAAGAACUUAAACACUGGAUAGCCUUCUCAUAGUUGAAAUGAGCAGGGACAGCACAUCAAGAGCUCACCAAUGGUUACUGGAGAGGGUAGAAAAAAAUUGUGAUUUCAAGUUCUCUAACACUUGCCACCUGUGGGUGAUGUGUAUUUGUUGAUAUACUUUCACUUUUACUUAGAAAUCAAGAAAAUUUUAGUUUAGCAAUCAGGUGGCAAAAUGUUCACAUCUGUUCACAAUUGUAGCAGUGUGGUAUGGGAGCAUACCUUCACCCUUUUGAGAGUAGGCAAGUCGCUUUUCAUCAAGUUGAGCAAGUGAAGAAGAAAGAAGAAAAUUAACUAUCUUCUGUAUUCUCUCCCAUUGCCACACAUUGUGUAAGCAAUCUCUGGAAGCUUAGCAAAAGGACAGCUUUAAUUUACAGCUGUUUGUGCAAAGGUGUUGCCUCCAGCUAUCAUGCAAUAAGUCUGUGUUUUAUGGAAACGUUAUUUUUCUUCUAAGUCUUACUGUUUUUCUCCGUAUUUUUUCUCCUGGUGAGCCAUGUAAUUAUUUGGUGGAGUGAGAAGACUGCAGCAGCAUUCAUGGAGCCCUCAUUUGGUGAUUACCAGGCUGACCUUGUAUCUAUAGCUUACAGUGAAUAUCAUGAGUGGGAUAAAUCUGCUGGCAGAUUUCACUAAAUUUCCUGGACCUCUACUCUCAGUAUUGUAUGGGUUGAUUUAGAAAUGGAGGGUUAAAAAAGAAAUCAGUAGUUUCACUAAACAGAGAAACAAAAGUAGGAUGUUUAGUAAAUUAUUCAUAUUAAAUAGUCAAGUGUCUUUGGCCAAUUUUAAAGCACCUGGUAGAAGGUGUGGGGCUAACUGGCUUUUCUGUCCAGCCAUGUCACUGACUUUGAGUAAUCACUUUGUGCCUCAAUUUCUCCUCCAUAAAUGGGGAAUAAUGAUCCUUGCCUUUGUCUAUGAAUAUUUAUUGCAAUUAGGGCUCAUGUCUGAUUCAUCCCAAAUGAGUGCACAGAAUCACAGAACUGUGUGGCUGCAGCCUCUCUCAAUGAAUGAAUGUUAUGUAAAGUGCGACUGAUCCAACAGAAAAGAUUCAGAGGCUCACCACAGAUGUGGUGAGUAUGUUAGUGGUCUAGGGCACUUGUUCCAGCAGAUAAAGCACAUUUGCAUCUAUUUGCCCUGCAGUUCUGAGACCUGUACUGUAAAAUCUGAUCUUUUUCUAUUAGCUAUACAAACAAAUUUAGAUCAAUACAAAGAGUCAUUUUAAAUGGGUAUUUCUAUUGCUUGGUGCUCAGCCCUCCCUGCGUGGUGGUAUGUGAAAGAAACACUGACAGGACAGUGAAGGUGAGAAUUAGAUACACAGGCCUUUGGCCUACACGCUGGUCAAAAUGUGGCAACUCUCCUUGCACAGAGCAUAAUGGUCUAGCCCUGCUGAAGUGUGAAACAAUUCCUUUACACCUCAGGAAACAGCAUUUUUGAGGGAUCCGCUUCACUCCACUCCGUGAUUUCAUGCUUACUGACAUUGUAUGAUGCAGUGUGUUCAGGUUUAGGAUAUUGUUUUGUAAAAUGCUAUGAAGUGAAAUCUUCAAAAUGCUACUCAGAAUUAUAACGUUAAAUGAUCAUGCUUUCUGGCAUUCGCAAGUAAAUUGUCCCUCUAGUGAGCUUGAUUGUUCCUAACGCACUGUUACACUUAACGGGUUUUUAAAGUGAAAUUUAAAAUCAUGUUUUUUCUAGAAUAAACUGCAUGUAUGAUUUCUCUUUUUGUUUUCACUGUGAAGGCUUAGUUUAUUUAUACCCUACGGAGCCUCGCGUGCAGCUUUAUAUUAAGCUAGCAAAUUUAAAAUGCCCAAAGUAAUGAAAACUUUUGCUUUCAGAAUGAAACUUGAGAACAGUAGUUUGAUAUAUUUUUUUGUUUGUUGUCCUCAGAGUAUUAUAAUGCUGGGCUAUCUCAAGGAGAAAGGGAAAGACACUUUUGUAUUUUAAAGUGUUACUGGCUGGUUCAGUUUAUUAUUUGAAUUCUGGGUUUGUUUGUUUAUUUAUUUAGUUCAUCUUUUAAAGAGAAUCUUAAUUUUCUUUUUUGGUAAUUUACUUACAGAGUAAUUAAAAUGCAUGCAUUCAGUUAAAAUAUGUAUUUAUAGUGAUUAUGUAAUUAGAAUGUAUUUUGGGUUCUGUAACUUUGCAUUGAGUGUUUCAGGAUAUUAAGUUUAUUCCUAAGGAGACAACUGUUGAUUUCAGGGUAAAAAAGUCUUUUAAACUUUUUGUGCAUUUCAUCACCAAAAAGAUCAAGAAGUAUAUAUAUAUCUAUUUAUUCAAAAAUUUAUCAGACAUGGAGGCCAAGGAUCCUCUACUUCUAGGUUCAUUUAAUUAAAACUAUUUUAAAAUAAUUAUUUUAUUUAAAACUCUAAAGCUAUUUAAAGUCAAAGCAAUUUUUAAUAAGCAUUUCAGUUUCAAAUCAGUAGUCCAAAUCCUGGUAUGUUCGCUUUGUGCUAUAUUCCUUGCACAGUCAGUAAUAUCAGCAGAACUGCCUCCGAGAAGAUCAUGAGGAGGUUGGGCACCACUUUACCAACAUGUGCCCCUUGAAAAAUGAGUGACCAGGUGUUCUGUGUAACUUAGCUACCUUAUACUUGUUACUUGGAGAACCUCUCCAACCUUCCCAACCUAUGCCAAGGUACCACACCUGCAAAGUCUCUCAGGAUUUGGAGGAGCAGAAAUGGCACACACACAUAGGCUGUCCAGCUCCUUAUCUGAGCUGCUCACUUCUCAGUUGCAACCAAGUAUCCAGUUUCUGUUGGCAUUCCUUUAUAAAAAGCUGAUGAUAUAAAUUGUUGGUUCGUGUGACAAUUCUGUUGGAGCAAAUAGAUUGCAUGGUUUAUAGUACAUUAUCAAACUUGUACUUACCAACACAACAAAAUUUGCUUUGCAUUGGAACUCCAAAGAGUGUGUGGGUAGGCCUGAUAUUGGCCUUCCUAUAUACUCUGUCCUUCAGACUACUGGUGACAUUGCUUCCACCUGGGUGACCUCAGGGCUUAGAAUCUUACAGUCAAGUAAAUCCAAGUGAAAAGGAAUAGUGGAUUUGAGCAGUUAUUCCUCUUUUCUGAGUAUUUUGAGGUAAAAUAAUAGCAAGCAACAGCUGAGAUUGUUUAAGGAAGAAGAAAACAGAGGAAAAAGACUUCUCCCUCACGCGUACUUGGUGCAUUUAAAAGCCUUUUGUGUACAAAUUCUUAUUUGUUCUGUUUCCUUCCCUGACACUGUCUUCAUGCUGCUCUGCUUGGCAGUAGGAGAAACAUACUAUGCUGGCAUAAAACCAUUUGUAGUUGGUAGGAAAAUUCAGAGAAUGGUUCUGUACUUGACAGUAGUUAAAAGUAAUUUCUUAAAAUAUGACUGGAUUUUAGGCUGCUAGUACCUUCAGAGAAGUUGUGGCCACUUAAUCACCUGCAGAACUCUACUAGAAACCCCCACCUUCCUGUUUAUUCUUUGACCAUAAUUAUUUUGAAGAGAUUCUUGUGAUAAAGAAAAAACAAUAAGACUUUUGAUGUAGAUUCAGCACAUGCUGCCAAAAAAGAGCUUUUUGACAAGAGAAGUAAGGCACUCACCCCAAACAGCCUAGACUACACCAAAAAAAAAGCACUGUGAUGUAGCAUAGCCACACUAUACUACAGGCUUGUUUUCAAGAUAGUGUAAGAAAGCAGAGAUUCCAUAGCCCAGAUAUGCCAGCAGAAGUCUGUGAUCUAGACACAGCCUGUGUUUUAAUUUUUUUUCAUUAUCUUUGCUUUCAUACUUGCAAAAUGCAUAGCCCUGGUGACAAGCAGUAAGAAGUAGUGUAACGAAAAGGGAAACUUUUGUUUAGGGUUUUCGGUAUUAAAGGGCAAGUUUGAACUAUCACAUAAGCAGAGUACAUUGGAAGUCCAGAUUCUUGUGUGACUGGGUACUGUUCCACUUAAUAACUUAAAGGGAUGUUACCCUCCUAAAGGAAUGUUUGCUUGCUUUGUACUGUAAUGUAAAACCAAGAACAUCUGAAAGGAAUCAAAACUAUUUGUAACAAAUUUAAUUUAAGCUUCCUUUAGCAAAAGGAGUAAGUAAUUGUCUUUGAAAUCAUCACCCAAGCUUGUAAUUUAAAUACUGUAGCAAAAAAAAUAAAAACUGUCCCAAAGAAAAUA